AUGGCGCGCUCCGACGAAGCCGCCGCCUUCUUCCACGCCGUCUACAGCGCCGUGCAAGAGAUUCCACACGGCAAAGUGACUUCGUACGCGCACAUUGCCACGCUAGUGGGCAUGUGCAUGAAGCACCUGUCGAGCGAUGCGUCGCAUCGCUUCAACAACGCCAACGUCCCGUGGCAGCGGGUCAUCAAUUCCAAGGGCGUCAUAUCGCCGCGGUCCCAGCCAGGUGGUGCGCAGAAUCAGGCCGAGGCGCUGAGGGACGAAGGCGUCCAGGUCACUCGCGGCGCAAUGGGGGAACUCAUGGUUGACUUUGACGAGUACGGCUGGUUUCCACGCGUCUUGCCGUCCGAAGCUGUUGGCGACGAGGCAUGGAAAGGCAGCAAUGGUGAGGAGGAGGGUGAGUAG